AUGAACGGAGACUUGAGUCUCUCCCGGGCUCUUGGCGGACUACGAAUAGCCAAUCCCGAUGAGGCUGACAACGGUGCACUCCCUGACUCUGGCUCAAACACUCACGAACCAAGUGUGAGAAUCCCGGGUACGGACCCGACCGAUUACGAUACCGAUGCAAUGCGUACAGUUCCCAAAGACUAUGGUCGCCCGGGACAGAAAGAGCAAAACAGCGAAGCUGGAAGACUGAACCCUGCCAUUUCCACACCGUUACCUGUUCUGGAUGACCCCCCAGCAGGUGCUUCAACUCGAGAUACCAGUCUGCUGGACAAUCAACGCAUCUCUGAAUCGACGCGAAGAGGACAACAACCAAACGUCUCCACUGCAUAUGGAGUUCCGGUGCGCGAAAGCUCAAGGACUUUGGGGAAUCAAUUUCCCAACUCGCCCAGCUCUGGGACAAGCCGAGAAGCAACAAACCAAGUGCCAUCGAAUCAAUCCAGCGAGGACUGGAAAGAUCGGGGCGCAGCUGUCGGUAUUCGCCGCGAAAUGGAUAGCACCGGCCGCAUGAUAGUUCGACAAAUCAAAAAAGGCGUUCGGGACUUCUCCUUCGGCCGCAUUCUCGGGGAGGGUUCAUACAGUACAGUCUACCUGGCCACCGACCGGCAGACCCUAAAGGAGUAUGCAAUUAAAGUCCUUGAGAAGAGGCAUAUAAUCAAAGAGAAGAAGAUCAAAUAUGUGAAUAUUGAAAAGAAUACCCUCAACCGCCUGACGGAGCAUCCCGGGAUCGUGCGUCUCUAUUACACAUUUCAAGACGAAACCUCUCUCUACUAUGUACUCGACCUGUGCAAUGGCGGAGAAUUACUCGGCGUAUUAAAGAAGACUGGAUCUUUUGACGUGGAUUGCGUCAGAUUUUAUGGCGCACAAAUACUAGACGCGAUUGAAUACAUGCACUCUCGCGGGGUAAUUCAUCGCGAUCUGAAGCCCGAGAACGUGCUGUUGGAUGAUCAGAUGCAUGUCAAGAUCACCGAUUUUGGCACUGCAAAGCUUCUCGGUGACCAUCAGGAAUGCAAAGAGACAGACUCGACUAAUUGCGGCGAGAUACAAGGUCGGCCGCCACGAGACGUUGAAGACGACCGCCGGGCUGCAUCUUUUGUCGGGACUGCAGAAUAUGUUAGUCCUGAGCUACUAACACACAAGAGCGCAGGGAAGGCUAGCGAUUUAUGGGCUUUCGGAUGCAUCAUAUACCAACUAUUUGCAGGGAGGCCGCCGUUCAAGGCAGGCAGCGAGUAUCUUACUUUCCAGAAGAUUGUUAACCUUGAGUACGACUUUCCACCCGGGUUUCCCAUUGCCGCACGUGAUCUUGUUGAGAGAUGCCUAGUCUUGGAUCCAGCAAGAAGAUUAACGAUAGAACACAUUAAAAACCAUGAGUUUUUUGAUGGACAGCAGUUUGGAAAAAGUUUAUGGGGCGCAAAGGCGCCGAGGCUACGACCAUAUGUCCCACCUGCUCAUGAGCCAAACAUCAUUCAAUUAAACGGCUUUUCCUAUGGCGCUGGCCCAUCCAACAGCAAUGCAUCUCUUCCAAGAUCGAUGCCACAUUCACAAACAACCACUGGCGGGGCGAAUCGCCCUGCUAGAAUUAUUACAGAACUCCCUCCACCUACUCAACUUGACAUAGAAUGGUCGCCGGUGUUAACAAGGAAUAAUGAACGAAUAUUGAAACUAGGAGAUCUAUUGGUUGUUUCCUCACCACUUCCAAGUAGCGUGCAUCGCAAAGGAUCCGAUGAGGGACAUAAGAAACUAUCACGUUUCUUCGGAGGUAGUACAACCAAAAAGAGGCAGCGUCUUGUGAUGGUGACCUCAAGCGGUCGCAUUGUGCUAGCUCCUGCAGGAGGGGAGGAGAAAAGGGCAAAGCAAGAACUAUCAUUGCUAGCCUCGGACUCAUCCUGGAAAACUCAACGGGACGCAAAGGGGCAACUUGUCUGGUUUGUUGACACAGGCGGCUUUCACUACACGUUUGAGGAGACUAAAACCUCUGUAAACAAUGACGAAGAGCGGCCCUCGGCCGAGGAGUGGGUCGAGUGCCUCGAAAAAGCCAGGGAUAUGGCCUUAUCCCAUAGUGCAAAUACGCAACACAAUGAUGGCCCAUUCGGGGAUAUAUCCUCGGCUGUAUCUAGCCCAUCUAGUACCUUGGGCAGCAGAGCUCAACUUCCAGAUAGCCAUACUAGUCACGACCGAGGCGCGCGUAAUCAUUUAAGCAAAAGCCAACCAAACCAUGAUGAUUUCACACCGAAACGAAACCGAUUCAGCAAACGACAGUCUCGAACGGGAUUGGGGCCGGCGUUUUAG